AUGAAGAUUUUAACUCUUUUAGUUAUUUUGGCAACUACCGCUAAGAGCAAUGCCUUCUUCUUCAACUCCCUUUCAAGGAAUAAUUGGAAUGGUCUAAAAGUGAAGUUUGGAUUAAAUCCAUUUUCAAACAACUUUGACGCUUUACCGAGAACUGAAGCUGAUGCUAUUAAAGAGGAUUUCACAAAAAUAUCUGGUUGUAAAGAUAUAGAUAGUUUUAGAGGAAACCGUUAUGUGAAAGAUGGUGACCACGCUGUUGUACUUUUAUAUGAUGAUCAAGGUAACAUCGCUGGAAUUCAAGCUGGGGUACCAGACGGACAAGAAAAUAAAUAUCCCUUUGAUGGGGUAAGGCCACCAUUUAUACACGAGAAUGGUUUCAACUAUAUGACGGCGUAUUUUGUUGAUCCAUCUACAGUAUGUUCGCCUGACACAAGUGAUAAGGAAUACACGGAGAUUGGAACUAACCUGUAUAUCCAAAAUGGAGCAAAUCCAGAAAAAGACAGUCUAUUGAUACCUCGUGACGAAGCAGAAAUCGGAAAUACAAAAUGGACAGAAGGAAAAUGUUUCUACGGAAUGGGAAAACAUUAUUGGUACGAUUUAAGAACAGAUACAGACUGUGAAAGUUAUUUUCCUGUGUUUUUGCUAUAUAAUGGAGGCAAAUUGAAUGGAUUUGGUUGGGCAUUUACCACGAAUCUUACAUCUCCUAGAUAUGAACAUCCUAAACCCUCCCAAUUUAAAUCAUUUAUGUCAGAGGUACCAACAUGUUUGUAUAACGUAGGACCAAUUGCAACCAUGCAUAUAUAUAUGACUGCUACUCCUAGGCUAAAUUUCUGCUAAUAUUAAAAAUAUUUUCAU